AUGAGCGUCAAAAACUUUUACUACCAAACUUUCGCCGAUGUUCCUUCCUGCGCGACUGAUCCAUGCUCUGGACUUUCAGAUUGCACUGCAAUCGUCAAUGGCUGCGAAAUCAGUCCAGCGUCAAAUACUCAAAUAACGACUGUCAGUGCUGCCCUCAACUAUAAGGUUUCCGUCGACAUUCUCUGCCAGAACAUCGCCGGCGAUACAGCUUACAGGAACAUCAUUCAUUUGACGUACACUCCAGUCACCGAUCAAGAUGGAACUGCUGUUUCAAAUCCGUCCGAAAUAAAAAAGUAUUUGGAUACCCACCCGCAUAAAAUCUCCAUUUCUGACUUCAACUGGUCCGGCAACUUCUCAAAAGACGAUUUCAACUGUCGAUCGAAUAAACUGAAAGAAACGAGAGUCUGCCCUGGCUAUUGGAAUGGCUCGAUUUCGGAGGAACAGAUGCGGGAAAUGGAACAGAGCUCGAUGCUGCAUUGCUCUGCGAUGAGGAGAUACAAGUAUCUUUGGAUGCCGAUAGGGAGUUAUAUCGACUUUCAUCAUAAUAUUCGACUUAGUCAAGAGAGAGGAAGGAAAUUGGAAUUAAGAGAAACUCAAAUCGAAAAGCACAAAAAGCUGAACAACCAUGAUAUCCCAACAAAGCUCCCAUUCGUCCGAAUUCUAACUCGAGCCGAGUACGAGAAGAACGGCAACUACCCAAAUAUGACUGAGCUCGAAAACCAGCGUUUCAUCCGCUAUCCGAUUAGUUCAGCAAACAAGGGCCUUGCUGUGAUUUUGAAAGUCGAUGCUACUGCUUAUGUUGAUGCGACGAUUUGGAUGGAGGAGACAUGGUCGGAUAUAAGAGCGAAAAUCGGGAACUGCACGAAAAUUUUUAAUGGGAAAAUCGCUUACAACAAGGAAAACUGCUUCAUUAAUGAAAACGAAACAAUCUCUUCUUCAAGAAUCAUCGAUUCUUCCAUCCCUUUCGACGAUCAAAAGGACGCAAAGAUAAGCAAUGUCACUUGCAUUCCAUCAACCAUUGAUUAUUCAAUCUGUCAAAAAUCGGAAAAAAGUUUGACCGAAAUUCUCGAGGGGAAAGGCUGGUCGCAGACAGGGCUGAUGAAACAAUUCCACAAGAAGAAUUUCUUUUUGGAACGGUCCAAAGUUCUUGAGCGCUAUGCGUUUUUCAAAGGCGAUUUGUAUACAACGGACGAGUACUUUUCGACUCAGGACGAUUUCGAUGAAGAUGGAAGUGAUGGAAAAUGCAAACUCUUCCAUGUCUGCGGUGGUCUUCCAUGGCAGAAUAAUCAAUUUUAUUUCAUCCAAGCUGCGGAAAUUUUCAACGGAAGUGCUUAUAUGGUCUUUUUUGUGCUGUUCGCAAUUAUCAUGACGGGAGUUGGGAUGUUCCUGUUUUGUUUCUUCAGAAUGCUGUAUAAUUUUCAUGAAGAUGCGCUGCUGCACACGGAGAAUAUUUAUUUGGCGACGAUUAUAUUCUGCGAGUCGGUGAUCUACGUUAUGGAGCUUCUCGUGAGCAUCCACAUUCCAAUCUACAUUCUUCUGGCGUUUCCGAAAGAAGACAUUGAAAUCAUUCUCGACUUUUUUGGCAACAAUUUGGUGAUGUACUACGGCUGUCUCAAGGUGUUCAUGAUGUCUAGCUCACUCUACCAUACUGUGAUCAACAUUUUGGACAUAAUUUAUGUGUCUGUUAUGGAAAUUGACUUUGAAGACGUGAAAUGGAUUCCCAAUUUUGUCAAGAAACAGUCGCAUAAACUGAUCUCCCUUCUUUUUGGCUGGCUCCCAGCAUUGAUUUUUUCAAUCGCCCCGCUUUUCCUGGACUCGAUUUUCUUCAGCAUGAAUCUGAAUUCAUAUACGGCUGUGAUGGAUGGAAAUCCUCGACUGAUUCUUACAUUAGAAUUCUUCGCAGCUUUAUUACCACAUUUUUUGAUAAUUUGUCUCUCCAGCUACUCAAUCUUCACCUACUACCGAAACUUCGACAAAGACGAAGUCUUCUUCCAAUGCAACGUCCUUCGAUUCCCGAUCAUCGGCGCUCUUAUCGUUUCAAGUACACUUGCCAUCGUCAACAUUAUCCUUCAAAAUAUCGCGCGUUUUGAUUGCUUCGACAAUUCUUAUUAUUCGAUUCCGAGUUUGACGAUUUACCUUUUUAUUCUCGAGAAAUUGAUCAUUGCCAAGCCUUUGAUUAUUUUGUUUGUCAUGUUGAUCAUUGACGGGGACUUUGUCAGAGUCUUUCUAGGACAGAUUUUUUAUAACAGCAGUUGCUAUGGAAUCGUCGCAGAAGUAUCGGCAGAAGAAAGUGAAUUCGAACAACAAAACUUGCCUCUUUCUCAUCGACAUUCCAUACAAGUCGAAAAAAUGAUGAAGCGAAGAAAAAGCUUCAAGCGUGGGUACACCCUUACCGAGUUUCUGCUGAAUCUGGGCCUGACUCUCGACGCCUUUGGAGAGUCCUUGUCGAUAUCGACUGAAGAUGGAGACAUCAACGAUGCUGAUCUUGGAGCAACUUCAAGCAGAAGCGCGAAUCGCAAUAAAAAGUCGAAAAUGAAGAGAAAUCACAAGAAAAUGCAAGUCCGUAUUAAUGAAUCCUUAACUCCAGAUCUUCCACGACCAAAGAAAAGAGAAAUCAACGAAGAAACCGUGAAAAUUUCCGUCAAGAAAAAUCCAUUUGAUCAGCUUACCGAUUCUCCUCGUCAGAAUAUAAAUUUAGCGACCGGCCUGACAAGACGAAAAAAAUUGAACACAUUGGAAAGACAAAAUACCUACUGA